UUGGUUUAUUAUUGUCACUUGUACCGAGGUACAGUGAAAAGUUUGUCUUACAAACCGAUCAUACAGGUCAAUUCAUUACACAGUGCAGUUACAUUGAGUUAGUACAGAGUGCAUUGAUGUAGUACAGGUAAAAACAAUAACAGUACAGAGUAAAGUGUCACAGCUACAGAGAAAGUGCAGUGCAAUAAGGUGCAAGGUCACAACAAGGUAGAUCGUGAGGUCAUAGUCCAUCUCAUCGUAUGGGGAACCAUUCAAUAGUCUUAUCACAAUGGGGUAGAAGCUGUCCUUAAGUCUGGUGGUACAUGCCCUCAGGCUCUUGUAUCUUCUACCUGAUGGGAAAGGAGAGAAGAAUGUCCCAGGUGGGUGGGGUCUUCGAUUAUGCUGGCUGCUUCACCAAGACAGCGAGAGGUAAAGAUGGAGUCCAAGGAGGGGAGGCUGGUGUCGGUGAUGCGCUGGGCUGUGUCCACAACUCUCUGCAGUUUCUUGCAGUCCUGGGCAGAGCAGUUGCCGUACCAAGCCGUGAUGCAUCCAGAUAGGAUGCUUUCUAUACUAAUGCAAUACUAAUUAGGGAAGCUGCACAUCCUCCCCCGCCACACCCCGUUCCAAUGCAUUCAGAGAAAUUAGCACAAAACCUCGCACCUCAUUGUCAGCCUGUACUGCACUUUCUCUGCAACUGUAACACUAUGUUCUGCAUUGCUUGUCCCUAUGCACUAUCUCCAAGUACUGAUGCGAUGAAGAUGAGCCGUAUGGCUGGCAUGCAAAACAAAGUUUCUCACUGUAGCUGGGUACAUGUGACAAGAGUGGAGAGAGAGGGAGCUGGACGGCGGCCAGCGCCAGGUGAUACCUGUCAGUGUCUCAGGUGUGGCUGAUGUGACACUGCCCAGUGGCCCGGAAGUAAUUGGCCGGGCAGCGGCGCACCGCAGUGCGAGCCCCCGCCAGUCGGCCGGCGCCGCUCCAGCCCCGGGCCGCCCGCCUGUCGUCCCAACACCCGCUCGUCAGCGCUUCCCAACCGGCGGAGCAGGAGGGAGAAGAGCCUCUCGACGUCUCCGGAAAAUAACAUGUAGCGUCGGCCGCCCCUCGGACCUUUCCCUCAGAUCUUUCCCUCAGCACUACCAAGAAAUGGACGCACACCUCUUAAGGAUCCUGCACAACAAAAUCUAGUUUUUUUUUAACACGGGGGCCAAGGAAUUUUGGGCAUGAACUCCUCUCUCAGGAUAAAUAAUUGCAGAUCAGAACCAUAUAUAUCUCAUGCAGAGGAACACACCAUUAUGAAUCCAGAUGCAGAACAGGAUACAACAGCAAAUCUUGCCCAGGAACGUGCUGAAAUAGUAUCAAAGUAUGACAAGGGACGGGAAGGAGCAAAGAUUGAUCCGUGGGAAGAUGCAGACUUCCAUAUUUAUAAAAUCACUGAUCGAUUUGGCUUUCUACAUGAGAAGGAGCUACCAAUGCCUGAUGCUUUAGAAGAAAGACUAAAACAAAUUGAGAUUGAAAGAACAGGAAAAUGGUUAAAAAUGUUGAAAAGCUGGGAUAAAUACAAGAAUAGUGAAAAGGUGGUACGGAGAAUUUAUAAGGGAAUCCCACUGCAACUGAGAGGACAGGUCUGGUCGUUGCUUCUGGAAAUACAAAAAAUAAAACUGGAGAAAAAGGACUUGUAUGAUAAACUUAAGAACAGAGCACGGGCAAUCUCUCCCGAUAUCAGGCAGAUCGACCUCGAUGUGAACCGUACUUAUAGGGACCAUAUCAUGUUCAGGGAAAGAUAUGGAGUCAAGCAGCAAGCUUUGUUCCAUGUUUUAGCAGCUUAUUCCAUGUACAACACGGAAGUAGGUUAUUGCCAGGGAAUGAGUCAGAUCACUGCACUGCUUCUUAUGUAUCUGAAUGAGGAGGAUGCCUUCUGGGCACUUGUUCGACUACUGUCUGGUCCAAAACAUAGCAUGCAUGGAUUCUUUGUGCCUGGCUUCCCAAAACUUUUACGGUUUCAAGAACAUCAUGACCGGAUUUUGAAGAAGUUCAUGCCAAAGCUUAAACAACAUUUGGAUGCCCAGGACGUCUUUACAUCUUUGUAUACAAUGAAGUGGUUCUUUCAGUGUUUUCUGGACCGAACUCCCUUCACUCUAACAUUGAGGCUGUGGGAUAUCUACAUGUUAGAAGGAGACCGGAUUCUUACAGCAAUGUCGUACACAAUUCUUAAACUGCACAAAAAACAUAUGAUGAAAUUAGCAAUGGAAGACUUGAUAGAGUUUCUGCAGGAAUCUCUGGCCAAGGAUUUCUUCUUUGAAGAUGACUUUGUUGUAGAUCAACUUCAAAACUCCAUGUCUGAGCUAAAGCGUAGUAAACUAGACUUGCCUCCACCAGGUAAACCUGAAGAAUUUCCACAGAAAUCACUUGGCCAAGUGCCUGUCGAGCACCAAGAGCCACCUGUUCUCAAUCACAUGACCAAUGGACAGAAUAACGUGAUUAAAGGAGGACCACCAGCUUUGAGGAGAAAAGAUAAAAAAGCAUCACCAGAGAAACUGCAAGAGAAACCGCCUGAUAGCAGGCCCAAAAAGAGCUCUUUGGAAAAGCCAGCUGUGAAAUCCCAAAGGGCAGGGUUUAUGGAAAAUCAAGGAGGCAAAGUGAAAGUCUUGCCAGACCUUGAUGUGGUAAAACAGCAUGGGCUGCCAUCACAGCACGCAUUGGUGCACGGCAAUCCCAAACAGCUUAACAAUGCCACAGCUAACCAGAACUCAAAUGCAAAUCCAAGUGUCAGGAAGGAAUUUGCACCAAAGUGGAACAAACCCUCAGGUCAGAAAAUCUCAGAAGCAAUUUCAAAACAUUCUUCAGACAGCAGGGGCAGAACUGGAAGUUACAAUGCACCAAGCUCCCAUUCCAGUCCAGAGGAGACGCAUGUGUUCAUAGGCAGAACAAAAGGAUUGAUUAUUGAAGUUGAUGAGACAAAGAGAGACUCAAACGCUUCAGAAUAUGACAAUGUUCCUGGAGUUGAUCAUGAAUAUGAGAUUUGUGCUGAGGAAAUGGUAGACAAUAGGGAAUCAAAUAUAGCACAAAAUAAUGUACUCUCUAAAGAAGCUACAUUGAAAAGUACUAGCCCCUCUAAGAUAUUGUCUGCACAAUUUUCAAGCAAGGCAGUCAAUGCCAGUGCAGGUUCUCACCAACGACCUGCACGGACUCAUUCUUCAUCAGUAAGUCCUAACCAAAGAUCUUUAAUAAAGCGACAGCCUUCUUCUCCACCAUCCUACAGUAGUCCUCCUGGGUACCAUGGUAACCUCCCUCAGUAUUCACCAACCAGAGCUAAAGACAUGCCUGCAUUGUCACAGUACAGUUACAAUAUGUCCGGAGGUCGGCCAAGUCAUGACAAUAGACCAUAUGUUACAAAGUUAGCACAUAUGCCAAACUAUGAAGGGACCAGUAUGAACUCCCUCACCAUUGGUCGUCAGUUUUCUAACUCUUCGCAGACUUUCAGAACUGCAGCACAGACUUUAGAUCACGGUGGGCACUAUGAUUCAGUAAACACAACCAAUUACAUAAGGCAUCCAGUUCUAUAUGAAGGUGCACAACAGCGCUCACCAGAAUAUCAGCACGACUACAAAAAAAGGCAAGAGCAAUAUGAACGGCAAUGGAACCAGGAAACUGACAUAAGGUACAGAGGAAAUGUGCAGAGAUCACCAAGUUUCCGUAAUGCACAACAGACUCCUCUCCCUGAGUUUAGCUACCCAGGUGUUCCUGUUACUGGCAGCAAUAUCUAUAAUAGAACAUCACCAUAUUCUGAUGCACAUGCACAAACACAGUAUCCACAUUCAACUCCGUUUGGUCCCCAGCAUUAUGGAAAUCCUCAGACAGAUAGAAGAACCAUCCCUGAAUCAGUAUUGCUCUAAGACGCAUGCCUUCCCCUUUUACAAAGUGAUGUGAAGAGCGUUAAUGAAAUAGAAAAUCUCUGACUUUUAAAAUGACUUCACUGUAUUAAAAAAAAUACAAAAGAAAUUGUUUAUAGCAUUGUCUAAAGUAUUUGGAAAAAAAUCCUAAAAAUGGACACAUGGUAUUUCUCCAGUACAUUUUGUUACCAAGAUUUAAAAUCAGGAAACCACUAGAAAUUGAGAACCCGCCCCGUUGUUUAGAGUUGUUCAGCUUGUACUGUUUAUAUUUUAAUAUUGGAAGCAGUGAGGUUUGAACCCAGACCAGGAGCAGAUUGAAGCAAACAUCUCAGUAAUGUAUCACAAGUUUUUUGAUUUGUAAGAUUUUUCAAGAGUUGGUCAAUAUUCUGCCUCCUCUCAUAAUGUAGAUUGGUCCUGGGUUGUUGCUGUGUAACCCUGACAUGACAAUUUUAAAGGUUGAUUUUGCAAUAGCUAGAAGAUUUUAGUCUGAAAUCUCAGAGUAUGUCAUGAACUUCCCCAGGUCACCUUUGUGAUCUCUUUCUUAGUAACUUCCAAAAAAAAGGGUAACUGGGCUGUAUUUCCCUUGAGACAAAACUGGGCAAGCUGAUAUAAUGCUAGUGACAAACCUAACCGCAUGCUUUCUUCCUACACUUGCACAGGUAAGUUGAAGACUGCAGAGAGAUCAGUGCCAUCACACUUGUGUUAAAUUAAUAGGAAUAAAAUAUUAAAAUGCAGUCAUUGAAUUACAACAAAAGGAAAACUACCAAAUAUUUUCCAAUGUUAGUACACAUUCGUUUUCACUUUGCUUUUAACAAUGACAAGGUGCAUCAUGACAGAUCAUUUGCAGAAAAAUGUUUUAUUAUAAAAAAAUAGAUUAAUCUUUUACUCUUUACUCUGUCAAUUACACCUGUUUGCAACUGAGUAUAUUCAUAGGAAUUAUCUGUCCUUCAGUUUUUCUCGCACAUUAAAUGGUAGAAACUGUGCUGGAAUUGCAAACUACUUGAUUAUGAAUAACACGUUAUCUUGGUUGAAAGUCAUGAUAUCAAUAGGUGUUUGAGCUGGGAUUAGGUGGGUUUUGGACCAGUUUGCUUUGCGGUUUUGUCCCUUUUUUUUAAUGACAUCGCCCAAUUUACAUAUAAGUAGCUAAUAUAUCCCAAAAUGACGAUGCUAUAUUGACUUUUUAAUGGUUUUAAAUAGAAAUGAGUAGAAACAAAUGCUUCAAUGUACACCUUUGUUUGCAGCUGAAGUCAAUUAGGUUUUAAAAUAUUUCAGCAGAGUAGAAAACACUGGUGAGAACAUUUAAAAGAACUUAAAACACUGAUUCAAACAUAUUACAACUGGCUUUGAUUACAUGUAAGUAAAACAACACUAGUGUCUGUAUAUGAUAUAUAUACAUACUUCAAAUGUGCAAACUAAAUUAUAAAUAUGUUAGAUACAUUCUGAUCUGAAUAAAUUGAAAGUUAAUUUCUUACUCUUUGCUUGAUGAAACAAUUGCAGAAAAACUAAAUAAUGUUAUUGAAAUAUGUAAUUAUUUGUCAUAACCUUUAAGUCUUAAUCUUGAGUCUUUAAUAUGGACACUUGCUGUAUAGUAUGAAUGACAUGGAACCUGCUAACUGAAAUAUAUGCAUCAGCAAUGGUAAAUACUGUAGAAUUUAUAUAUUCACACUAUUUUCUUAAGUCAUCUGCAGCAGUUUUAUAGCUGUAUUCUAUUUUGAUGUGACUGUACU